CCAAAGAAAGCAGCACUAAAUACGUGGCAGAUGGGCUGCCGACCAGUGUCAAGACCAAGUUUCAAGGGUUCCUGGACGUUCAGCCAGGGGUCGUCUGCGAAGGGCCGCCUGGCUCUUGGAAACAGAAGCCAGUUUCCCGCCAUCUGCUGUCCGUGGAGGUUGUGCCCUCGCGGCUGCUGCCCUCUGGGUUCCAGCUGAGGAAGGGGCACGUGGGUCUCAGGUUCGUUUUUUGCCCGGGCUGUCCCUCUGCGGCCUUAGGGCGGGGGCUUCUGCCGCGCCAGCUCCAAAGGCGGAUCCAGGAGGGAGGGGCCUCCUCGGAGAAGCGGGGCGCGGUCCCAGCUGCGCAGAGGCUCGCAGGCCGACCCUCCUCCUCACGCCACACCCCUCUGCGUCCGGGUCCACACAUUCACCCCGCGGACGCACGCCAACCCCACCCAGAUGCAAAGCAGGUUUCCAAAGAACAUCUUUGCGUUUUCUUACCAGCUUCCCAGCAUCGAACUAGGGAGGAAGAAGCGGUUGAGAAACAAAACUUUCCACUGUGCUGCCCGUUUCUGCCGACUUGUUCUGAGGCCGAGGAGCCUGUGUUGGAAGAGAUGGUGAUGGGCCCGCACCUUUUGUUGUUGGUCUUCAUUCUGGGUCUGGGUCUGACCCCACCGACUCUGGCUCAAAAUGACAGCAGGUACAUCAAGUUCCUGGACCAGCACUAUGAUCCCAAAACAAAGAACGGGAAUGACAAAUACUGUGAAAAAAUGAUGAGGUUAAGGAACAUGAUCUCACCCUGCAAAGAAAUCAACACCUUUAUUCAUGGCAACAAGGCCAGCAUCAAGGCCAUCUGUGGAAAUCAGAAUGGACAGCCUUACAACGGAAACCAAAGAAUAAGCACGUCUGCUUUCCAGGUCACCAUUUGCAGGCAUAUAGGAGGGUCCCCCCGGCCUCCAUGCCGGUACCGAGCCACAGCAGGGUUCAGAAACAUUGUUAUUGCCUGUGAAAAUGGCUUACCUGUCCACUUAGAUGAGUCCAUUUUCCGUCCGUAACCAAUGGGCCACUGGUCCAGUGCUGGCUCUACUGUCCUUGCCUGACAUUUCUCCUCUGCACCCCAUAACAGUGGUGGCAACAUUCAUUGCCAAGGGCCCAAAGAAAGAGCCACCUUGACCUUUUGUUUUCUGUUUGACAACAUGUUUAAUAAAUAAAAAUGUCUCUGAAAUCAAUAAGAA